AUGGCUCAAAGUUUUGAAACCAGGACAAGACGCCUGUCUCCGGAAACUCUUGAGCUAAUACGCAAACGUGGAGCAGCACGAGCAAUCAAGAACUCAAGUCCGAGCUCACAAGGCUUUGCGGUAUCGCGAGAGUAUCAGAUGCCGUUAUUUCUCACCUCUGUCGUCGUAAAGAAGGACUUUGACUCAGUUGAGACGGAAUCGGUCAUGGAACCCUUUAACAAUCAAGGUGUCUUUGCUCAGUACACAAAGCUACUCCGAGGUGAACGAAUGCCGACCGAGUUCGACGAAACAUGUGGAUGGUCUUCAGUUGAAUCUGCAAAGGAAGAUGCUCAUGUGAAACGGAUGGAUCUCAUUAUGCUCAACGGAUCGGAGGUAUUCGAAUGCGCCAGUUACGUUUAG